CUGGGCUCUAGCGCCCCAGUCAGUUGGUCUCCUUGUCUGUGGGUCGGUGCAUCUGGCCGCCGGCUUUGCGCCCGCGAUGGCGCCCUGGUUGCGGUUCUUGUGGUUGCUGGGACUGCUCCCGGGCGCGGCCCCUGCCCCUGCAUCCCCGGAGUUUCGGGCCGCCGGCGUGGUGGGCUGGGAGCCGCCAACCCGGGAGCUGUUGGGGCCCGCUCGCUUCGCGCUGGACGCGUACAACCGCGGCCGGGCUGCGGGGACGCGGGCUGUGCUGGGGACAGUGCGCGGGCGAGUCCGCCGGGCUGGCCAGGGCUCGCUGUAUUCCCUGGAGGCCACCCUGGAGGAGCUGUCCUGCAAAGACCCCAUGGUGUGCCAGCUCCCUGUGUCCAAGAAAACCUUGCUCUGCAGCUUUGAAGUUUUGGAGGAGCUGGGAAAACACAUGCUGCUGAGGCAGGACUGUGGCCCUGUGGAUAUCAAGGUUACAGACGUCAGAAAUGAGACUUUCAAUUCAGUCCUUCCACUGUCAAGCAGAGAGCCCUUUCCCAAGGAGUUUUCUGUGAAGAUAGCUUCAGCCUUCAAGAACUUUGUUACCACCUAUAACCGAACUUAUGAGUCGAAGGAAGAAGCCCAGUGGCGCCUGGCUGUCUUUACCAGAAACAUGGUGCUAGCACAGAAGAUUCAGGCCCUCGACCGUGGCACAGCUCAGUAUGGGGUCACCAAGUUCAGUGACCUCACAGAGGAAGAGUUCCGCACCAUCUACCUGAACCCCCUCCUACAAGAGCAGUCUGGCAAGAAGAUGCGCCUAGCCAAGGCUGUGGGUGACCCUGCCCCACCUGAAUGGGACUGGAGGAGGAAGGGGGCUGUCACCAAAGUCAAGAACCAGGGGAUGUGUGGAUCCUGUUGGGCCUUCUCUGUCACAGGCAAUGUGGAGGGCCAGUGGUUUCUGAACCGGGGCACCCUGCUUUCCCUCUCAGAGCAAGAGCUCUUGGACUGUGAUAAAGUGGACAAGGCCUGCAUGGGUGGCUUGCCCUCCAGCGCCUACUCAGCCAUCAAGAAUUUAGGAGGACUGGAGACAGAGGAUGACUAUAGCUACCAGGGCCACAUGGAGGCCUGCAGCUUCUCAGCAAAGAAGGCCAAGGUCUACAUCAAUGACUCAGUGGAGCUAAGCAAGAAUGAACAGAAGUUGGCAGCAUGGGUGGCUGUGAAGGGCCCCAUCUCCAUCGCCAUCAAUGCCUUUGGCAUGCAGUUCUACCGCCAUGGAAUCGCCCACCCACUCCGACCCCUCUGUAGCCCUUGGUUCAUCGACCAUGCCAUGCUGGUUGUGGGCUAUGGCAACCGCUCUGACAUUCCUUUCUGGGCCAUCAAGAACAGCUGGGGCACUGACUGGGGUGAGGAGGGUUACUACUACCUGCAUCGUGGGUCCGGGUCCUGUGGUGUAAACGUCAUGGCCAGCUCAGCGGUAGUAGACUGAGGAGUCAGUGGCACAGGACCUGGUGCUGACCAGAGCAGCUCCUUACCAGCCUGACCCAUGUCCAGGUCUUCCCCAGGAGGCACCACUGACUGACUUGAAGGGUGGGUGCUGAGCACCUUAGGGUGAACAGGGGGCCCUGGGACCUACUUUUGUCUAACCUCCUGCUGGAAGCCCUGCAGCUACACCUUUGUUGAAUUGUGGUAUGGCAGUUAGGACCCUGGGGUGAAGAAUGUUUUUGGAGUAGCCAAAGCUGAGGCAGGUAAGAAGCUGGGCUUAGAUAAGGAGCAAGAUGAAAAUAUUUCCAAUAUAAAACCCAGCUUUAUCCUUAGAAUGCUCUGGCUUCCUACCCUGGCUUUAUGCUGAUGCUGUAACUAUCCUGGUCCCCUACAUUGGGUAUGCUGUCCUUUUCCACAUCCACGAAACCUGUAGCUAGCCCCCGUUCUCUAACAGCAAUAAAGAAGUAUUCAAGUUUCCGGUA